CGAGGUGAUGGGCAGUCUUGAAGCCGAGGUGGAGCCUGUGGGCCAAGUGGUCAUCACGGCCGCCCUCAUCGCCAGGCGCAACUUGUCUUUUCCGGCCGGGAAGGAACCACCAGUGGUCAGCCCCCAGACCCUUGCAGGCCUGCGGACCAUCCGCCUCGACCGCGAAGGCAUCGACUCCAUUAAGAACUUGGAAGGCCUCCGGAGCGUCCACAGCCUCUACCUACAGCAGAACAGGAUCCAGAGGAUCGAGAAUCUGGCCUGCCUCCCGUCCUUACGCUUCCUCUCCCUGGCAGGAAACCAGAUCCGGAAAGUGGAAAACCUCGGUGGGCUCCCACACCUGCAGCUCCUCGACCUGGCCCAGAACCAGAUUGCCACGCUGGAGCCCGGAGAGCUGCCUCCAACCCUCCUCAUCCUCAACCUCUCGGGGAACGCCUGCACCAAGCAGCCUGGUUAUAGGGACCGGCUGAGCCGGGCCCUGCCCCAGCUCCUGGACCUCGACGGGCAGCCCUUAGCCAAGCGGGAAGCCCGGAGGGAAGAGGACAAAGCCACCUCCGGUGUGGACAAGGAGUUUCCAGAGCUGAGCGGCCUCUUCUGUGCUGAGAUAGGCUUCGAGGAGCUGAGGCAGGAGCUGGCGGGCCGGGGCCAGCAAAGAGCGAGGGAGGCCGCGAGUCACCACGUGGCCCUCAUGGCCACCCCGCCGGCCCCCCUGGACCUCUCGCAACUGCCCGGAGGGCCCCAGGCCCAGAGCCGGGACCCCCGUUGGAGACGAGGGACUCCGAGGGCGUCCCCCGCCAGCCCCAACCUUCAGGGAGCCCCAAGGAAGUCACACCUCCCGGACCCCAAGGCUCCGGGCAGGCCCGGCCCGGCAGCCGAAAGAGGCAGGAAGUGAAGAGCGGCAACUCCCCACCCUUCCUCCUUCCCCUACCCCGGGUCCCUGCCAGCUGAGACGCGGGCAUCUGGAGGGAAACCAGGGCCUGCAGUGCUGGCAGCUGGCAGAUGCCAACUCCCCUCGUCCCCCACCCCUCUUCUUCCCAAUAAACGGACUCU